AUGCCAAUUAAACCUGGCAGCAAAGUCUUGUACUUGGGAGCAGCAAAUGGCACUACAGUCUCUCACGUUUCAGAUAUUGUGGGGCCUUCUGGAGUGGUUUUUGCGGUGGAGUUCUCCGCAAGGGCGGGGCGGGACUUGACGGACUUGGCGAAAAAAAGAAAUAAUAUAAUUCCGAUUCUCGAAGACGCGCGGCAGCCGCUGAAGUACCGCAUGCUUGUGGACUCAGUUGAUGUUCUUUUUGCAGAUGUUGCGCAACCUGAUCAAGCCAGGAUCUUGGCGUUGAACGCGAGUUUGUUUCUGAAGGACUCUGGCUGGUUUUUGAUUUCGAUUAAGGCCAGCUGCGUGGACUCCACGGCGAGGCCUGAGGCUGUUUUUGCUGCUGAAGUCGAUAAACUCAGAAAGGAGAAGUGCAAACCGAAAGAACAACUCACUCUUGAGCCUUAUCAUCGAGAUCAUGCUGUUGUCAUUGGACAGUAUCGAGUGCCCAAGAAGAAGUGA